CGGCUCAUCUCCGCACACUUUGGCUGCACCACCAUUAGUCUUUACCGGAGCACCGCUGAUUACCCCAGUAAACUUCCAGUGGUACAGUUGCGAAUUCGGUUAAGUUUUGAGCGGGACCGAGUCGACUUACCGUGCCAUGAAGUUAUCUCGACCCCCACCCCCACAUAUUGCCCUGAUCACAAUCGUCAAUCAAGAUUUCAUUAUUCGCUCACGUUUCCCCAAUGGCUCUCCUUAUGGGAACGGCGCGGAGGUAUUUCUCACUUAUCUCGAUAUUUAAUCCCAGGCAGCAUUGCGCUCUUGCAUCCUGCGAGAUUCAAACGUGGAUGAACGCUGUUUGACGAUGGCCAAUAUGGGCUCAAAAGGAAUCGUCAAAGCAUUAAUGCUCCAUGCUGCUAAAGAUCUACGUCUAGAAGAUCAAGUUCUCAGCCCUCCAGGCUCUGAAGAGGUGCAAGUAGCUGUUCAAGCUACCGGCCUCUGCGGAUCAGAUCUGCAUUACUUCAAUCACUUUCGCAAUGGAGACAUACUUGUGCGUGAACCACUAGCACUCGGACAUGAGUCGGCCGGAGUAGUAGUAGACGUCGGUUCUUCAGUUACUUCGUUGAAGGUUGGGGACAGGGUAGCGUUAGAGGUCGGCCUACCAUGCGGCCGAUGCGAGCGAUGCUCUCAAGGGAGAUAUAAUAUUUGCAAAGAGAUGAAAUUUCGAAGUUCUGCAAAGGCAUUUCCGCAUUUUCAGGGGACAUUGCAAGAGAAAAUCAACCAUCCAGCAGCAUGGUGCCAUAAGUUACCCGACAAUGUGUCCCUUGAACUUGGAGGUCUUCUUGAGCCUUUGGGUGUUGCAAUCCACGCGUGCAGGAGGGCGCAAUUGCCUGAAGGGUCGAAAACCCUGGUUUUUGGGGCGGGCGCCGUUGGAAUAUUAUGUGCCGCGACGGCAAAGACCAAUGGAUCGAAAACCGUGAUAAUCGCAGACAUCGACCCAGGAAGGGUAGAAUUUGCGGUUGUAAAUGGGUUUGCUACCCAUGGUUUUGUCGUGCCGAGAACGCGAGGUCGAACCAUUGAAGAGAAGCUGGAAAUAGCCAAAGACACGGCAGCAUCGAUAGCCAAAAUCAAGGCCGACGAAGGGAAUGAGGUUGGCGAAGUUGACACUGUCUUUGAGUGCACGGGCGUAGAAGCUUGUGCUCAGGCAUCCAUCUAUGCCACGCGACCAGGAGGUAGAGUCAUGCUAAUCGGGAUGGGAACGCCAAUCCAGCAGCUUCCCAUUUCUGCGGCUGCUCUUCGCGAAGUUGACUUACUCGGCUCGUUUCGCUACGCAAACACCUAUAGUCAAGGCAUUGAGAUGUUUGCCAAAACGUCGUCUGAUGGCCCCGAUUUCAGCAAAUUAGUAACGCAUCGUUUCCGCGGGCUAGAGCAAUCCCGUGAAGCAUUUGAGAUGGCAGGUAGAACUGUGGACGACGAUGGCAAUCUGGUUAUGAAAGUCAUGCUAUGCUUAGGAGCGUAGCAUCCUACAGGAAAUGAAAAUUUCGACAAGGCGUCAGAAGGAUAUGCCUAGAAACGAAGCAUUGCCAUUUCAAUCACUCAUGAUAAUGGGAAACAAUUGGAUAUGC